AUGGCCACUAAGGGAAGUUGCAUGUGCGGGGAGAUUAAGUUUGAUAGCACCAGUGAACCACUAUCAACGGCUCUUUGCCAUUGCACCGACUGCCAGAAGUGGAGUGGAAGCGCCUUUACGUCUAACGCCAUCGUACCCCGCGAUUCCUUUACUGUCACUCAUGGAACUCCCAAGUCAUACGACGUGACGGGCGAUUCUGGAAAGAUUAACAAGCACCACUUUUGCGCGAAUUGCGGCUCCAGUCUGUACACGGAGCUCGAGAUUCUGCCUGGUGUGACUAUUAUCAAGGCCGGAACGCUCGACGGUGGUGCUGCUAACCUGGCUGGAAAGCCCAGUGUCGAGUUUUACUGCAAGAGUCGCGUCCAGUAUCUCACAGGCCUGGAUGGUGUCGUCCAGGAGUCUAUGCUGGGCUGA